UUAUAAGCAGUUUAACUAUCACUGAUAGGAAUCAUGAAGUUCAUACUCUUUUUCUCUCUAUUUGUUGGAGUACUGGGCACAUCUGCCCACACAGAACUCAAUAUGGAGGAUUUCUUUGCAAAAUUUGAUGCUCAGGUAACAUUGCGGGAGGCAAGAAUGUUCGAUUUUCCGGAAGAAAAAGAAUUUUCUCUCGGCAUCUAUCCGACGUGUGACCGGUUCAGAUAUUUCACUGGGCCGAAGGACUCGUGUGACAUGAGCGGAAAUAACCUCAGUGAGAGAUAUCCGCUCUUCUCCGGCUGUCAAGAACAAAAUUGUACUCAGCUAUCUUACUACGGUUCAACAAAAUGCAAGAGAAUGGUGAAACUGUUCAAACCUUUCUAUCAUUCCGGCGUUGAAUGCAAGUUGUCCAAGCAGAUUUGUCCUGCAAUGCAAGCUAGUAAAUUGUCCCAUUUAUAUUCACCUACAACCUAUCGACCAGAUGAAAUGAAAACGUACCCUUUUUUUAUGAGCAACUGUGAGUGUCAAACAGUUUGGAGUAUACAUGACAUAUUUACACUUUAUGAAGAAAAUGGAAAACUGUACAAAGGAAAUGUUACAGUGAAGACUCCGUGUAAAUGUGAUUGUCGGAAGAAAGUUGAAGGGUGGAAUGGGAAAAAAUAGGCACAGAAUAAAUAAAGAAAGUUAUUACAUUUUCUUUCAGUAAAAUUAUUAUUGAAAGUUUGUGUAAACUACAUAUUAAAC